AAAAUGAAAAAAUUCGAACACGUAAGCCAGUAAAAAGAAUGACUGAAGAAGUAAGACAAUUAUUAAAAAUGAUGUUUCAUAUGGGAACAGCAAAUCCACGUCAAAAGAUGAAUGCACAGCAAAUGCAUGAGAAAUUACUGCAACAGGUUCAACAUGGUGAAUUACGUGAAGAAGAUGUGCCUAAAGCAUCGACUAUUCAAAACUGGAUUCCUGGCUUUUCACGAAGAUGGAAAGAGGCAAUGGCACUUCGUUCUAUGGACGAAAAUG